AUGAUGUGUCCACACUGUCAUCAGCAGAUUUUGACAAAGACUGAACCGAAAAGUGGUCUCCUUACUUGGUUACUGUGUGGCGGUAUGGCACUAUUCGGGUGUUGGUUGUGUUGCUGCAUUCCCUUCUGUGUUGAUGGAUGCAGAGAUACCGAGCACUAUUGUCCAAACUGCCGCAAACUUCUGGGUACAUACAGAAGAAUAUGA